AUGGUGCAAUUUACGUUCAUGAACAGCGAUGCACGGCUAUAUGAGGAAAAGGAAGCACGGAGCACGGGAAAGAUGCCCAGAAGAACCACUCAACACCUGUCGAACCCGGCGUCUGCCACAAGUAUGGCUACAAACACGUUGACUCAUCUACAAGGACCUACACAGAAAAACCGUCAUAUAUGUCUGUCCCCGAACAAUUCGGCAGACCUUCUUUUUCUCGAAAAGUCGUACGCCGAAAACCAAGCAUUAGACCCCGCAGAAAUGAUGGCAGGGAUUGCGCCGGCCGCUACUUUUCUGGCGAGAAGUCAGGACCAAGCGCACAUGUCGCAAGCUGUGCAAAGCGGUGAAAAUCAUGCCAAUACCCUAAGCAUGGCGGGAGUAGAUGAUAAUAAUGCCUCUAAACUACUCGAUUGUGAUGUAAACGCUGCAGUGGAACAAACAGACGAUGAAUUUGCGGGAUCGAGUGUUGCGGAUUCGCACAGCGAAAUCGGUGCUCACGCCGCUUCGGCACUGGCUAGUAGACAUAUUCAUCAUCAGCUUCGAUCACAGCCCCAAUACCUGGAAGCUCGAUCCGGUACACCCAGUGCCAACAAUGUUCACACUCCUACACAGGCCGCGGUGAAUCCUAAUCCAAUACGCACUGCAUCUCCAUGGAUCAGUCAACUUUCCAAGAUUUCAAACGUACCUUGCUUCAAAGGGGAAAUACACAGCCACUCACACAAUUCGGGACAUUCACACCUUCGGUCCCCAAAGUCGGAAAUCAACCUAUCAGCCUGCAGCAGCUGUGGGUUUCAUGCAAAACGCCUAUUCCAUUUAACGGAGAACGUCUUUCGAUCUAAUCCUGACGGCAUUGUGCCGUGGGAUGCCGUAUUGAAAGACGAUGCAGUCUUAUCCAAGGACGAAAAGGAGGCAUUGAUGUUCCAAAUUAGCUUAUGGAUGCUCCGAGAUUAUGCCGCAAGCAUGCUAUUCUCAAGUACUGAUAAAAUCGUGCACGAGCCUCCUACGACAGCUAGACGUCAUUAUACUCGUAAUUUCAGAGCUUCGAGCAGGAUGGAGGAUGAUAACAUCGAUAUAGGCGAUACGUCAUUCAUCUCUGAUCUCGACACAGAUCAUCCGGUUGACCUGGAACUCUCGGGUGAUGAAAGUGUAAACAGCGUCGCACGCGGCUCGACGCGCAGAAGUAUGAGACAAGGCAGGCGCGGUCGGCCUCGAAAAGCUUGGACAGACUCUGACGAGCAGCUCCUCAGAUUACACAUCCAGGAAAACCACAGUUGGUCAGAGAUAGGGCAUGAAUUAAAUCGGACUCCAAAUGCGGUGGAGCAGCACUGGAAAAUCAUGUUUCAAAGGGACAAAAUUAAUAGGAAAUCUCCAGCUAGGCGACGAUAG